CAGAAGAUGAAACCAUAUUUGGCAAUGGUGUCGCUGCAGUUUGGGUAUGCAGGAAUGUACAUAAUCACGAUGGUGUGUUUGAAGAAUGGCAUGAGCCAUUACGUGCUCGCCGUCUAUCGCCAUGCAGCUGCCACUCUCGCCAUCGCCCCCUUUGCUCUCCUCCUCGAAAGGAAAAUAAGGCCAAAGAUGAGACUCUCAACUUUUCUAAAAAUAAUGGCGCUUGGUUUGAUCGAACCAGUGAUCGAUCAAAACUUGUAUUACUUGGGGAUGAAGUAUACAUCAGCAACUUUGGCGUCUGCCUCUGCAAAUGUUCUUCCUGCCAUCACCUUUGUAAUGGCAGUCAUAUGCAGGUUGGAGCAUAUAAACAUGAGGAAGGUGCAUACUCAAGCCAAGAUGAUAGGUACAAUGGUGACAGUGAUCGGAACAUUGAUAAUGACAGUGUACAAAGGCCCCAAUGUCCCCUUCCCAUGGUCUUCCGACGGAGGCUUAGGGCGGAGCCACCACGAUCCCUCCUCUUCCGCUGCUUCCGGCGAACAGCAUUGGCUGUCCGGCACCCUAAUGCUCCUCGCCAGAACAUGGGGUUGGGCCGGCUUCUUCAUUUUACAAUCGUUCACGUUGAAAGAAUACCCGGCGGAGCUGUCAUUGACGUGCUUGAUAUGCCUGAUGGGGACGGUGCAAGGCGCAGUCGUGGCACUCGUCAUGGAACGCAACCUCGCCGCCUGGGCCAUCGGCUGGGACUCGAGGCUCCUUGCUGCUGUUUAUUCUGGAGUGGUGUGCUCAGGAAUAGCAUACUAUGGGCAAGGAGUGGUGAUGAAGGAGAGAGGGCCAGUAUUUGUGGCAGCAUUCUCGCCGUUGUGCAUGGUGAUCACAGCCGCCCUGGGAUCCAUCAUUCUAGCCGAACAGAUCCACUUGGGCAGCGUAAUUGGAGCUGUCGUCAUUGUCGGGGGACUGUAUUCUGUGGUGUGGGGGAAAAGCAAGGACCCACUAAUAUUGAGCUCCCAUGCUUUAGCGACGACAGGUGACGACGAGCAGAAAGCAGCCCCCACGAGCCAGCUGGAGUUGCCCAUCGCAGACACUACUAAGUCUGCCACUGUUACUGUCACCGUCGACGCUCUCAGGGUGGCUGAUCAACCAGUGGGAUCUCCCACCAUUAGUUCAACAAUGACUCCUAAGUUAGGAGCCUAA